CUCCACACCCUCACCAUCACUUGUUAUUUGUUGAUUUGUUGAUGGUAGCCAUUCUGUUACUGAUUUUUUUAGAAUACCAUUAAACUUGAACUUCCCGUAUUCUGUUUCAAAUAAAGUCUGUUUCUUUGUUUAUAGGGAGAGAUUCAGUGCUGUCUGUUUUGUAACCUACCUCCCCCACAAGGCAGAACGUGUGAGCUACAGCUCUGGAGCUGCAGGCAGGGAAGUUAAGCCCGUCUCCCUGAGUGACACCGCUGCCUUAGGAUGGGGCGGCAGCCUGUGGCCUCAGCUUGCCUCGCCCAGUGCGGAUCCUCCUUCCUAGGAAUGAGCUGGGGCUUGAGCGAUGGGGCUGUAUUCCUCACCUGCUGGACCCAAGGCAGAGCUUUCGCCUUCUGCGUAGGGGCUGGUGGGAGGAGGGGGCCCUGGCCUCUGGCUACAGCCGGCUGGAAUUUAGCCUUUGCAACAUGGAAAGUAGAGCUCCAUGACAUGAGUGUUAGGGUCACAACUAUGAAAAAGAGAGCAAGAGACUUUUGGAAUCAGACCUUUUAAUACUUUGAAAUCAGAGAUAAGGGAGUGUGGGCCUGUGUGAAUAUUUCCCCCUUACAGUCUUGGAAGAGAUUGCGUAUCUUACGGUCAAAAAGCAUUGUGACAAGACAGGGAUCUGGCUCCAGAACCUGCCUUGACUUGCCCUCUGCUGGAUUGUGGGGGCCUCUGGGACAUGGUCCCAUGCAUUUCAGUUCGUGUUUCUAGGACUCCAGGUACAGACGACUGACCGUGUGCAGGUGUGUAUAUUUGUCCUCUGCCUUGUCCCACCAGGUGCUCGUGUCUCCACAGCCUCCGUGUUAAAGGAGAACAUGUGUGAGGAGUAGACUCGGCUUCCUUCCGCAGCCUCUCUGGGGCCAUAGGACAAGGAACUGUUUGCUGUUCUGUACUCUGCCUCUCGGUGCCUCCUGUGCCGGCCAUGCCUGUGCCCACGGAGGGCACCCCACCAGCCCUGAGCGGCACCCCCACCCCAGUCCCAGCCUACUUCCGCCAUGCAGAGCCCGGCUUUUCCCUCAAGAGGCCCAGGGGGCUCAGUCAGAGCCUUCCGCCCCGGCCCCCUGCCAAGGGCAGCAUCCCCAUCAGUCGCCUCUUCCCUCGGACCCCAGGCUGGCACCAGCCCCAACCCCGGAAAGUGUCAUUCAAAGGCAAAGACUCUGGGACCCUGCAGAGCCCCAGUUACGACCCAAGCCAGCCGGAGUCCUUCUUCCAACAGAAUUUCCAGAGGCUUGGCCGCCUGGGCCGUGGCUCUUAUGGAGAGGUCUUCAAGGUGCGCUCCAAGGAAGACGGCCAGCUCUAUGCCGUAAAGCGUUCCAUGUCCCCCUUCCGGGGCCCCAAGGACCGGGCCCGAAAGCUGGCGGAGGUCCGUGGCCACGAGAAGGUGGGGCAGCACCCAUGCUGCGUGCGGCUGGAGCGAGCCUGGGAGGAGGGCGGCAUCCUGUACCUGCAGACAGAGCUGUGUGGGCCCAGCCUGCAGCAGCACUGCGAGGCCUGGGGCACCGGCCUGCCUGAGGCCCAGGUCUGGGGCUACCUGCGGGACACCCUCCUCGCUCUGGCCCACCUGCACGGCCAGGGCAUGGUCCACCUGGACAUCAAGCCUGCCAACAUCUUCCUGGGGCCCCGGGGCCGCUGCAAAGUGGGUGACUUUGGGCUGCUGGUGGAGCUGGAUGGAUCUGGAGCUGGUGAGGCCCAGGAGGGAGACCCCCGCUACAUGGCCCCCGAGCUGCUGCAGGGCGCCUAUGGGACAGCAGCCGAUGUGUUCAGUCUGGGUCUCACCAUCCUGGAAGUGGCAUGCAACAUGGAGCUGCCCCAUGGCGGAGAGGGCUGGCAGCAGCUGCGCCAGGGCUAUCUGCCCCCUGAAUUCACUGCCAGCCUGUCUUCUGAGCUGCGGUCUGUGCUCACCAUGAUGCUGGAGCCCGAUCCCGAGCGGCGGGCCACAGCCGAGGCCCUGCUGGCCCUGCCUAUGCUCAGGCAGCCACAGCCCUGGAGUGUCCUGAGGUACAUGGCUGCUGAAGCCCUGAGUCGAGGGUGGGCCCUUUGGCAGGUAAGCCUGGUAAAGGUAACGGCCUCCCCUCUUCCUGGCCCUGGACUCUGCCCAGCCUCCCUUGGCCCCCUGUCCCCACAGGCCCUGCUUGCCCUGCUGUGCUGGCUCUGGCAUGGGCUGGCUCACCCUGCCAGCUGGCUACGGCCCCUGAGGCCUCCAGCCACCCCGCCUGGCUCGCCCCCCUGCAGCUUCCUCCUGGACAGCAGCCACUCCAGCAACUGGGAUGACGACAGCAUCGGACCCUCGUUCUCUCCAGAGGCCAUUCUGGCCAGGGCUGCCAGGAGCACCUCCUCCACGCCCCAGAGCAGGCAGACACGGAGGGAUGACCUGGACCUCAGUGACAUUGACUCAGAGUCCCCUCAUGGCUCCUUCCCCUCCUUUGAGCCUCGGAACCUCCUCAGCCUAUUUGAGGACUCGCUGGGCCCAACCUGAGCCCACUGCCGCCUCGGUGCUUUUAACCUUUUAUCUUCUUCCCCCCUCCUGGAGGCUGAGGUCCCCUGGCACUCCAGUGGUCCCUUCUGCCUGGCCAUGUCUAAUAAAAGAUACCUGAAUCUUGGGAGCACCCAAGCUUGCUUGCAUGGCAA